GCGUCAAUUCACUAGCAACCAUGUCAACAAAGAUGGCGGAUUGACGGACGGAAUAUGUAGUCGUAUGAAUUGUUCACGAAAACUGACACAGAGAUGACUUUAAAUCCACUCGCAAACCCGAAAGGGGUGAAACUUGCAUGUGAGCUAUGUCAGAAGCCAGCGUUUAUUCAGUGCACGAAAUGUCGCGUAACCUAUUACUGCGGAGUAGAACACCAGAAAGCAGACUGGAUGGGAAUCCAUGAAAAAAUCUGUCAAAGUCUUAUUCCCCUACGACAGGCUUCACCAUUCUUACCGUCGGAGGAAGAGCGACAGAAACGAAUUAAUCACCUCAAUGUUAAAAAGAGACAAAUGAUUGACCUCACCAGAACCACCGGUCAGAAGCUGUUAUUUGAAGGUCGACAUGAACAGGCUGUACCAGCCGCGAUGCAGUCACUCAGAUUUGCUAUAGAUGUACAUGGUCUGGCUAGCAUAGAACUUGUGCCAUCCUACCUUAUACUAGGAGAGGCUAGCAUUGGGCUGGGUCGUCUGUCCCAAGCAGAGGAGUACCUAGCUCAGGCCCAGUGGACGGCUCUCAAAACGCCAGAGUGUUCUAAUGCAAUCAAAUCGAAACUCUACAGAAACCUUGGUCUUCUGUAUGCUGCCAAGGGACAGUAUGACGACUCGCUCCGACAGCAUGCAGACGACAUUUAUCACGCCUCAGAAGAGUUUGGUACAGAUGAUAUCAGGACAUCUGGCGGGUAUUAUCAUAUGGCCAAUGUUUUCUUCCGUCAGGGCAGGAUGGAUAUCGCUGAUACACUAUACAGACAGGUAGCAGAAAUCUGGUACAGACACUUACUACAGAUAGUAAGGGUACGCACAGCAACCCCAGACAUCCCAAAGGGGAUCGGCCCCAUCAUUUCUGAGGGAAACCUUGAGGAAGAAGACAGUCUGGACGAGGCACAGGAAGCAGAAGCCGUUCAGGUACUAAAUGCCAUAUACGACAUGAGAGAACAUCAGUCUAACAGACGUGCCCAGGACCUCGCCAAAGUCAGCCACGCACUGGCCAUGUUAUACUUUAUACUUAUGGAUAUCAGCAAGGCCAAAGAAUUCGGCAGGAAGGCAGUGGUAGCUAGUGAGGGAGACUCUGACGACUCUUUGUCACGGUCCGUUGUGGAAUUCAUGAAAAUAUUGGAGGCUGUAAAGUGAAGAAGCACUGAAUUGACCUGUUAGGAUUCCAGGCAGAUAUUGAAUGAUCAUUUUGUUAAUGUUGUGCUUCAGUUACAGGAUGGAUUUUCUGACAAUAUUCUGAAACUGUGAUAAGAAGAAUUGAAAUUCAUAUUUCAUUGUAUUGAAGCAUCCAUUAAAUCACUUGUUAUAUAUCGA